AUGACUCCGACGAACUUCAACGAGCUGAACGAGCUAAACGCGAGCGUCGGCGGCAAACAGAGUAGAAGCAGAGUCGAGUUCGAUUUCAGACAGGCUCCGAGUUACCUCAGUGACGACGACUCUUCUCUGAUACAAUGGCAGAUAACCACGGAGGAGCUCCUCCACCGGGAGCUUUUCCACCACAGCCGGGAAUCCAGUUCAGCUCAACGUCCGGCAAGACAAAUCGGAGCCGGCGAUAUUCCGACGAUUCCAGCGAACCGUCCCGGCAUUACCCCACCACCGGUCCCAAAUUUCAACUUCGACAUCAAGACAAGCUUGAUAAACUUGGUGGAGAAUUCCAUCUUUCAUGGAAUGAAAGAUGAAGAUCCCUUUGAAGCACUUGGAAAAGUUUGA